AUGGCUGGAGACCUGGUGGAGCAGCCAAGCCCAGUAAAGCCCUCAACCCUGGCUGAAAAUGUGGUGAAGAGGAGGAGGAAAGGAAAAAGGGAGAGUGGUGCCCCAGGGAUGCUGAUGUACCAGACAGGGGGGCAAAGUGAGAUCGACUUCACGCUGGCAGGUCUGGAGAUGCUGGCCAGGGUGUUUGACCCCCCUAUGUCCCCUCGCAGCCCAGCCAGGGAGCAGAGUCUCCUGACCAGCGAUCCAGACCUUGAGCUGCUCCUCAACAAGAUAUCGACCGUCAACCACCUCCUCUCUUCGCUGGAGAAGAAGGUGCUGAAGUCGCUGAAGGAGAGGGCGUCAAGGCACAACCUGGCACUGCCCAGCCUGGUGGCAGCCCCCCGGAGGGCUGCCAAGCCCCUGGCCGUGCAGAGCUUCGAGGUGAAGGUGGGCAAGUCACAGCGGGCAGUGCUGACAGUGGACGUGGAGCUGGGCACGGUCACCAUCACCAAGAAGGGCAGCACAUCGCCAGAGGAGACCAUCCCACAGGACAGAAUCCUGCAGCUGAUCAAGUACCUGAGCGUGCAGAGCAAGGUGAGGCUGGUGUACGACCGGGAGCUGCAGAAGAGCCUGAGCAGAGACUUUGUCUUCCCCAGUGCACGGAAGCGAGAGGCCUUUUGCCAGCUGCUGCAGCUGAUGAAGAUCCAACACUCCAACCUGGAUGAGCCUGACCUCAUCUCGGUGUACGUUGGGACGUGGAACAUGGGCAGCACGCCACCACCCCGCUCCCUGGCCUCCUGGCUGACCUCCAGGGGCUUGGGGCACACCCAGGAUGAGACCACCGCCUGCAUCCCCCACGACAUCUAUGUGGUUGGUACCCAGGAGAACUCCCUGGGUGACCGCGAGUGGGUCGAGUUCCUCCGCACCUCCCUGAAGACCCUGAUGGGCAUCGACUACCGCGUGGUGGCCCUGCAGUGCCUCUGGAGCAUCAAGAUGGUGGUGCUGGUGAAGCCGGAGCACGAGCGGCGCAUCAGCCACGUCCACAGCUCCAGCGUGAAGACCGGGAUCGCCAACACGCUGGGGAACAAGGGAGCUGUGGGUGUCUCCUUCCUCUUCAAUGGGACCUCCUUUGGCUUCGUCAACUGUCACCUGGCCUCUGGCAGCGAGAAGACCCAGAGGCGCAACCAGAGCUACAGCGACAUCCUGCGCUCCCUGGCGCUGGGCGACAAGCGGCUCAGCGCCUUCGACCUCACCCUGCGCUUCACCCACCUCUUCUGGUUCGGGGACCUCAACUACCGCCUGGACAUGGACGUGCAGGACGUCCUGGCUCACAUCACCAAGAGGGAGUUUGGAACCCUCCUGGCUGUCGACCAGCUCAACCUGGAGAGGGAGAAGAACAAGGUGUUCCUGCGAUUCAGUGAGGGUGACAUCUCCUUCCCACCCACGUACCGGUACGAGCGGGGCUCCCGGGACAGCUACAUGUGGCAGAAGUUCAAGCCCACGGGGGUGCGGAUCAAUGUCCCCUCAUGGUGUGAUCGCAUCCUCUGGAAGUCACACCCAGAGACCCAUGUGGUCUGUAAAUCCUAUGGCUGCACAGAUGACAUCGUGACCAGCGACCACUCGCCCGUCUUUGCCACCUUUGAGGUGGGAGUGACGUCGCAGUUUGUGCCCAAGAAGGCACCUGGGUCUGUCCCAGAGGCCCUGGCCUGCAUCGAGUGGGAGAGCAUCGAGGUGAUCAUCAAACCCUCCAGCCGCAGCAAGUGCUACAUCGAGUUUCACUCCUACUGCCUGGAGGAGGCCCAGUGGAGCGGGGAGAACACCUCCCAGAGCUGCGACAGCCCUGGCUUCCUCAAGCUGGGCUGGGCUGCCAAGAACCUGCCGGUGCUGAGCCCCAUCCUGCCAGACCUGGAGUACCUGGGGGAUCAACAUCUGCUCCUCAGCGUCAAGGGUGUGGAGAGCUGCGAGUCCUACGGGGAGUGCUGCAUCGCCAUGAGGCCCAUGAUCAGCAGCACAGCCCAGCAGUUUGAGACCUUCCUUUUCCACCGUGGAGAGGAGACGGGCUCCAUGAGGGGCUGGAUGAAGAUCCAGGUUCCCAAGGGCCGGCGCAGCACCCGGGAGAGGCUCUAUGAGUGGAUCAGCUUCGAGGAGGAGGAUGCUGAGCCAGUGGCAGACACCCCAGUGUGCCCCAAGCCACCCCCACAGUGCCUCAGGAGCCGGCCCCACAGCCUCCCAGAGCCAGCUGCCAGCUACACCAACCCAGCCUACUUCAUCUUCGAGGGGGUUCCCAACACGUGGGUACCAGCCCCCAGUGCUGGUGAAGCCCAUGAGAAGCAGGCAGAGAGUCCAGAGCAGGGUCAGCAGCACUGGAGCCCCCUCAGGACACGAGUCCCUUCUCCCUCCGAGGAGGAGCAGUGGGGUGGCCGGUCCCACUGCAUGCCAAGGGGUCCAUCCCCUGGGCACCCACUGAGCCCCCCCAGCCUGGGCCAGCAGAAGAGACCCAAAUCAGCUGUCCUGGCCAGGGACACAGCAGGGCUGGGUGACUGCUCUCUGACAGCACUGCAUAUGGCCACCUGCCUGAGCCAGCUGGACCAGCUGUCCCCAGAGGGCAGAGGGGACAGCCAGAGGACCCUGCUGCACCAGACCCACAGCACCGUGGAGCUGCCCCCGCGGCCCUGCCGGGAGCUGCCGAGGCCCACACAGGAUGCUCACCAGCGUGGCCACCCUGGAGAGUGGUCUUGUGACAGGGGUGAGCAGUCCCGUGGUGUCAGCAAGUGCCUGGGUCAUCUGGGCUUGCAGCAGGAGGCAAAAGGGCUGCAGGAGCGUGGCUGGGACCACCUGUAG